CCUCGGCCGGACGGGCUGCACCGCAGAGAAUAAACUCCGCUAUUCCCGGACCCCCAAACCCGUGCUGCGUUCACAAGCCGCCCCGUCCCGACCUACACGGAGCCAGCGCCCGGCAACGUCACCGACUCGGAGGUCCGAUUCUUCCAGCGGCGAACAUGGUUCGGUUCGGUGUGUGGUGCGCAUAGAGCGUUUCAGCGGCAGCACCCGGGGCACGUUCGGAUCCUCAGGACGCGUCGGUCAACGCGAGGACACCUCCAGGUACCGCACGACGUGGCUCCCUGAAGUUGCCUAGUCCGCCGUGAUGUCCAAAUCCACAAAAUCAGCCUCCAAGUCUCGAUCCCGCUCCAGGUCUCCCCCCAGAUCCCGCUCCACAUCUCACUCCAGGAGUCGCUCCCGAUCCCGCUCCCACUCCCGACCCAGGAAGCACCGCUACAGUUCGAGGUCGAGGUCAAGGACAAGAUCUCGUUCUCCGUCUCAUAACCGGGAGAAGAAAUAUCCCAGAGGAUAUCAGAACAACCGUGAGGUUCACGGCUUCUACCGAGGCUUCCGGAGGCCCUAUCACUUCAGGGGCCGCGGGCGGGGCUUCUUUCCUCGUGGACGCUACCAGCGUGGCGGUGGUGGGGGUGGUGGCCGUGGCGGUUUCCGUCCAAACUGGAAGAACUAUAGACAGCACCCUCAACAACAACAACAAUAUCUGCAACAACAACAAAACCAUUCCCGAGGUCGGUCAUAUAGCCCCAAGAAACGCCACGGAAGCCCCCCCGCUCAGAGUCACAACCACCAUUCUGACCGAUCCUCAUCACCCGUGUCCAGACACUCCCACCACUCCUCCUCCUCUUCUUUACACUCUUGCUCUCCCAAACAGAGGUCAGCCUUGGGGCAGACCCCGCACGAUGCCAAGGAUGUGAAGGGGGAGCACUCGGCCUCCAAGGAGGCCCAGACAGGAGGAGGAGCAGGUGAGAAGCCAGUGGAGGUCAGUGGGAUGUUAGCAGGAGGAGGUGAUGAUGGCUUGGUGGGUGAGAAAACUGGGAAUAACUGGAAAGGUUUGACAAGUUACAGUACCAGUCCCAGUAAGCCCAGUCCUCUGGAAAACUCAGCAGCUAUUGUUGGUCAAAUCACGCCAACUGCUAGCCAACCUUGUAAUUCCCCCAAAAACGCCAGUGCAGCCAGCAAUGGCGCCCCCUCUCGGCAGACGGUGGGUAAUGUACCCCCUCAGAAAAGCCCUGUGCCAAUGUUUUCUGGUUUUGGCUUCUUUAAAGAUGACGACCUGGACGGAGAUAAAGCUGCAAUCUCCACCGCCUUCAAAAAGUUCUUGGAGGAGCACAAAAACAUGAAUGCAAAAUCUGCCUGGCUAAAUGGCAAGAACGCAGAGGUGAAUGAUGUAGACGUGGGACAAGGGAAAACAAAUGGCAAGAAACCUGCGGGUAUCUUUGACCCAGUGUCCCACAAACACAAGGAGGAUUUUGAAGGCAAUGUGUCUUUGAGCAGCUUUCUGAAAGCUUCCCCUUUUCUGUCCGGUGAUGGGGAGGAAGAUGAGGAGGAGGAGGAGGGGUCAGUGGUCAACUCCCGUUCACUAUCACUCCGCACAGACCGGCCCAAUGGGGGCGAGUUCUCUCAAAAGUCAAAGGGCAAAGUCGCCCGCUCAGGUCGCGAGCUGUUCGAAGAGCAGUUUGGCAAGUGGGAGAAUCUGGCCUACAACCAGCUCGCCAAAGACGAUGACCUUGACGCCACGGCAGAAGAGAUGUACUGCUGUCAAAAUCAGGGCAAAGCUGCUGCCAUUGCUGCUGCUCUCGCCAAAAGAGAGAUGGCGGGCGUGCUGCGGGCCUCGUCCCCGGAGAGAGGCUACAAAGCGAGGAGGAUGGAGAAAUCUGCCUCCGGCCCGCCUCCUUCACCUCCAUUCAGGAGAAACUCUUACAGGGAGAUGUUCACUGUGAGAGGAGAGGACUCACCUUCUAAGGUCUCAAAGAAAGAAGAAGCAAAGUUUAAUGUCAGAAUGGAUUUCCUCAGGGAUAGUCUGACAAGCUCCUCUGAUAUUUUAGCCGGAGAGCGACAAUUAUCUCAGGAUUUGGUGCAAUCCUCCAAAAAGGAGCAGGAGUUUCGCUCCAUCUUUCAGCACGUUCAGAUGAGUCAAUCGCAGAAGAGUCCUUCUGAACUGUUCUCUCAGCACAUCGUCACCAUCGUCCACCACACUAAAGCUCAACACUUUGCAGACUCUGGAAUGACUCUAAACGAGCGUUUUGCCAUGUACCAAAGACGAGCAGCACAAAAGGAAAUGUCGAAGCCGAGAAAAAGUCCAGAGAUACACAGGAGAAUUGACGUUUCCCCAAGUGCUUUUAAGAAACACUCGCAACUUUUUGAAGCGAUGAAAAGCGCUGAGGAUGGCAGUUACAAGGAUAUCGGGGAAAAGCUUAAGGGUGACUCAAUGGACCUUCGCUUGGAUAUUGAGCGCCGUAAAAAAUAUUCUGCCCGAAACAGAGAUUACAUUCAGGACGGCGGGAGAGACGUGGGAGAUUCCCCGGAUUCGAGUAGGGAGAGAUCUGCAGAAAAGCCCUCUAAACGCCACAAGAAGUCAAAGAAAAGUAAGAAGAAACGCUCACGUUCUAGUUCCUCGUCAUCUUCCUCUUCCUCCUCCUCCUCCUCAAAAUCGCACAGAGAGGAGGAGAACUUCCACCACAGAAAGUCCAAUCCCAAAGACGAAGGCUUUAACAAAGCCCGACUGGGUCCGCGUGACUCCAGCGGACCCGGCGACAGAGAAGCACCGCGUGGAGGAUUUCAAUUUAGGAUCCGAGGAAGAGGCUGGAACCGAGGGAAUCAUGUGGGGAACGGUGCACUCAGUAACCACUCUAAUGUAUCAAUGCACCCAAAGCAUGAAGACUGGGACCCAGAGUACACUCCUAAAAGCAAGAAAUACUUCUUGCACGAUGAUCGAGACAGGGAGAGAGAAGGCAGGUGGCUGGACAGCCGAGGCCGCGGAAGGGGAAACUCUGUGCGCGGCAGAGCGCGGUUCAUCAUUCGGAAGGCCAAUCUUGGCCUGAGCAACCACAGCCCCAAAUGGGCCCACGAUAAGUUCCAGGUCAACGGGGAGCAAGGCGAAAGACAAGUGGAAGACACAGAGCAGGACCAUAAAGAAAGGGAGACCGACCAAGACACUGAGAAUACUUGAACGCUGAAGUGUUUCAAAGACAUCCGCCGAGAACCCUUAUCUUACUUCUGUGUCAUUACCGGACCCCCGGCUGAGUGAAUCCCUUCACUGGAGCAAAUGGGCAAGGACGGAUUCAGCAGAGAGGUUCAGAGAGUUUAAAGAGUCAGCCAUUGUUAGGAAAGUGGACAACCUCAACGUUUGCAUUUCUGUGUACUUUCCGUUGACAAAACCAGUUCAUCUCCAACAUGUCAGGUUACGUUUAUCUGGUAGAAGCACUGUUAAAUGUUAAAUUGCUGUUUUUCAGCAAAUUCACAUUUUCCAAAACAAACGUCUUCCCUUUACAAGGUUUGAUAGCCGUGCAUAGUGACGUUCCCUGUAGGGAUCGUGAAAAACGCCUUAAAGGUCCCAUGAAGCAGCGUUUUAGAUCACCGCCAGUUUCUGCGUUUUGAAGCAGAUAUCAACAAAACAACCUAUGGGUGAGAUUUUGUGAGUGGGAGAUGUUGAUUUGCCUGACAAAUACUGACCAUGCAAUUUCAGAAGAACGUGGACACUGAUCUGCUAUUGGCUGGUGUCCAUUUUGUGGUAGAAGAUCCCUCGUCGUCCCUCAGUCUCACUCCCGUCCAUUCAUUCGUCGCAUAUUUUGUGUUUGUGCACAUCUGCGAGUGCAGGAUGACAUAAUCAAGGUUAUUGCGUUUGUCAGGAAGAGAAACAUGGUUCUGGUGAACACAAAACUAAAAUUAAAUACUUUUUUGUGAAUUAAGUAGGAGAUAAAUGCAGAGUAAAGCGGUAGGUAGCAACAACGAAAAGACUUGUUUAGUCAUGGGACCUUUAAUGGCGUUUGUGUAUUUUGAAGUAGCGCAGCGGUUUGUGCCUUAAGCAACUUAACGUGGCUCAUUGUGAGGCGACUAAUGAAAGACUUGUAGUUGUAAAUACAGCUCAAAAGACACCCGGCAGUUAGCUUGAGAAUAGUCCUGGACUUCUGUUCUGUGAUUUGGCUGGAUUAUAUUUACAGUUGUAAUUAUAUAGUAGUUCACGGUGCAGCAUGGGACUGUCCUCCGCCAAAAACAAACGACCCCGUAGGUGGUUUGAACAAGCAGCUUAUUACGCCUUAUAGUUACGUUUUAAGCUACUUCCUCGCGGUCCUCCGUCAUUAUAACACUUUACUUUCCCUGUAACAAUAAGCAUCUCCUUCCAUAAGCUGUCAUGAGAAGGAAUAUUAAUAAAAGCAAAGUGUAAUGUCACAUAGUGGUUAUAAUGUCCACGCUAGCUGACUUGCUAACUUGUGGCUAACGUUAAGUUAGCUCUUAUAACGCUAUUCAUAGUAAACAUACUGCCAAUAGCAAUCUUACUUACUAUACUACACGGAGAAACAACACAAAAACACACUGACUACAUAUUCUAUUGUGCUCACACUGUUUUAAAAACCCACAAUGCACAGAGGCGAAAAGUAUCUGUGGCAUAUCUCCUGCCGCCGGUAGGGGGCGCUAAUUUAGGAACCGCUGCUGCGGGUUGUAUUAGAGGACAAACGACCUAUGUGGUCGUAUGGGGUGGAGGACUUGUUGUGCAGUAUAUAACAUUUCAACAGUGUUGAACCAAGUGAGCCCCACAAAUGACCCCCCGUCUAACAAAGGGACCAAACUAUAAGGGGUCAGAAAUGAACGCUGCAGAGUCCCACAUGGUGGAACCCCCCCCCCCCCCAACAGAUCAUCCAACGAGCAGUACAGACUGUUGACUAGUGGUUCAAAUGUGCUUUCUUUCUUUUAACUACUCUCGACCUGAGCAUUUAUUUAAUUGUUUGGGAAAUGGUUUACUGGAGCUCUUACCUUGACCUUGGAUUUCAUCAUUCAUGUACAAUAUAGUCACUGUAAGCGGUCACAUCUGAUUUUUUUUGUUUUUCAGAGAUGAAAUGUAAUGUUUGAACUUGGCUGCAUGGUUAGAAAGCAACACGUGGGAGGAGUUCAGAGUGUGUCGUUGUAAAAGGGAGGCUGAUCUGCUUGCAAAAAGGUUUCCAUGUGAUAUUUCUAUGUGUGUGUGUGUGUGUGUGUGAACAUCUUCCGUGUCGGGACACAUUUUAUAGAGUCAUAUGUCCAGGUUGUAUGCUGUAGGUGUAUAACUCUUCCAAAAACAAUGGCAGAGAAGAGUCAAAGUUGGAAUUAUUUAGUUUUUAGCUUGUAAAAGUAGGUAAACUUGAUGCACUAAAUCUUUUUUUUUUGUGCCAUGCCGUUUUUAAACUGUACAGCACAUGCAUAUAGAUUGUGAUUCACGUUUAAUAGUUGAAAUCUUACAUGUCUGGGGAGAACUGCUUUUUUUAAAUAGCUCUUGUCACUGAAUUCUUCUUAAAGAUUGCUAAUUAAAAGAUAC